CUCCUGUUGAGAUUCGCGGGGAAGGAUUUUCUUGUCGGACUCGGUUGUCACCUACAUUUUUUUGAACAGGACUUACACUUGUGAGUGUUUUCUUCGUUAAAUCAGGUGGAGGGAUGAGUCUCUCCCCUGGUAUUGGCACAGAAGUGCCAGAAACGGCGAACGGGGUUGUGACACCCGUCUCUUCAGAGAACGGCCCUCAUGUUCCGGUCUCGGUAAAAUGUGGGGGUAGCAGAGUGCCCUGUCCUGUGCAGGCAUCGGAGGACAGCGGCCUUGGACACACAGAGAACCACGUACAUGCGGAAAACAGAGUUUACGAUGGCGAAGGCCACUUGGACACAGAGACGUACAAUAAUGGUAGAACAUCUACUAGUUUAUCGCUGCACACUUCUCAUAUGACGGACGCCCUGCUCCCUGCUGCCUCCUGCACGGGAGACUCAGAAGACUCAGGCUCCAAAGACACAGACAUUCACGAGGCCUCUAACAAUGCUGAGCCUCCUGAUGCAGCUCUGUUGUGGGACCCAGCACAGCAAGCACACUCCAAAGAGUCAUCUCAGCGAGGAGGCCCUGCCACUACACAGCCGACGGAGACUUUAGAUGGAGACACUGACAGUCGAGAUGAGGAUGAAGAUGGAGAGAAGGAGAAACAGGAUGAGGAGGACGAUGAGAAAAAUGAAAAAAAGUGGAUAAAUCAGCGUGCAGGAGGCAGAACAGAGGUGGAGUCUUCACGACACUACUCCUCCUCAGCCCCUGGUCCCAGCACCUCGUCCUCUUCCUCUCCUCCACCUCCUCUUCUUCCCUCAGACGAUAUCCCCUGCCCUCCCCACGUCAUGGCCCAGGUCUGGGUGCGCAACGUCAGGGGGAUGCAGGACAGCAAGAGUCUGGAUGAAAUCAGCCAAGCUUGUGGAGGUGGUUCGGGGGCACGGUUAGGGGGCAGAGGUGGCCAGUCAGAGGGCCGGAGGGCCACAAUCUCCUCAGCUCUGGAGCUAGAGGGCACAGUCAGCCAGGAGGGUGACCUGACUCACUUCAUCACCAAGAACCUGGAGCAGAAAAUCAAAAUGAGUUCCAAGCCCAGUCUGGACUGCAGUGACUCCGACUGUUCAGGUCCCAUCUACCGCAGCCGAGGUUUGUCACGGAGACCAGCCGACAUCCCGCCCAUUGAUCCAACUGUCCUAUUGGAUCUUCAGAGACACACCCAGGAAGUAGCGCACAGUGUGGAGAUGAUGAUGCGGAGCCUCAAUGGAACCAUCCAGAAUAUGACAGCUCUGAGUGUGGGCUACAUCCAGACCUACAGAGACUCCGUUGACAGCUUGGGAGAGUCUGUGGACAUGAGUAUAAAGGGCAUGUACACUCUGAUGGCUCGCUGUGAGGAGUUGGACCGUUCCAUGCAGCCCAUACACACCCUGGCGGCCCAGAUCCGUGACAUUAAACGCACCCUAGACGCUCUGGAGGCGAUCUGCAAGUAACCCCACCUGUCCGAUUUAAAGACACGCCCCCAGCUGUAAAGACCCAACAUCAAGCGCAUCUCCUGAACAAGGCUGCCUGCAAGUAAACUCACCUUUCUGCAGGUAGCACACACACUGCAGCGAAGAUUAAGUGCACCUCUGGAUUCCAGGAACUAUUGCUACUCGGCAUGCUGGAUGAUUGGCUUUCAUAGUCCCGCCGCUUGCUCAUGAUUCGAAGAUGACCGUUUGUUCAGUGAGAUUACAAAUGAAUUUUGAUUGAAUAAGCUCUCGGAGUUGAGCUUUCUCUUAUUAUUAUUUUCUUUUUUUAAAGCCACCCUGACUUCCUCCUAAUGAAGUUGUUGUGAAACUUAAUCUCACCAAUUAACCUGUUUUGGAGACACUCGGUCAAGUGCCAUGAACACACACGCACGCACAGACACGGACACACACAUACACACACACAUAUCCUUGUAGAUGCGUUUACAGUCUGAGGAGGAAUAUUGUGUCAUUAUCCGUCCAGCCCGCUUUGUUCAGAUUGCACUAACCUUUCCUCCACACAUGGGGGCGAUGUCUCUCUCUCUCGCUUUCUCUCUGCUCUCUUGCUCUCUCUCUCUCUCUCUCUCUCUCUCUCUCUCUCUCUCCCUCGCUCCCCUCUCCCUUCGCUUAUGGAGAGGCCAGUAUGAACUGAUCAGAAGACAGUGACCUUUGCACACGAACAGAAAGUCUAUUUUUUAAUCUUAUGCAACAAAGAUCAGAUUCCUUUUCACUGCAGACUUAAUGAGGAGAGAGGAGCAUAAUUUCUGUCUCCGUCUGUCUUAUUUUAAUGUUUAUUUAUUCAGCUUCCUCAGCAUGUUUGCUUUUUCAACGACACUGCAACUGCACUGCUACUCUGUGUCACUGGGAAUUAACCAAUACAGCCAGAAUGUUUUCCACUGAACUGGAGCAUUUUUGGAGGUUACGCUCAAACACUGCUUGAGGGUGGUUGUCGAAGGUAAUGAAACUGUUUCACUUUUUCGACUCGGAUUCUGUCAUGAUGUUUAUCAAUUUAAAACUUGCACACUUUAUAAAUCACAGGUGUGCUUCUGCAACUUAAAGCCACCCCCAGAAAGGUGUCCUACCACCUCACCUUUUGUGCAAUCCGAGAUGUUUUUGUGCAUAUAACUGAACAAAUAUCUUAUUGCAUUCCACAACAGUUUUCGAUGGCAUUCAAUAUUUGAAAGGCUUUGUCCUUAUUUCACUUUUAAAUGUCAUCAAUAGAAACAUUUGAUAAAUGUAGCCAACCUGAAGACCUUCAUGAAAUCUUAUUGAAAAUCUAAAUUAAAUUCCAGGGAUGCAAGUAGCCAACACACUGCUUUCAGUCAUUCUGUAAAUGAAAGUCAAACAAUUGUGGUUUGCUUCUGCUUUUUCUGACCCGUCACAAAGAAGCAAGAGCUACGUUUCUGUGCAGCAUGUCCUCGCUUUUGUUUUCUUCAACAUUGAAAGGAUUGGACAACUCGUUUCAGCAAAAGAAGAGUCGACAUCACUGGAGUCGGGAUUCAGCUAACGUGGAUUUGUGUCACAUUUAAUUGAAGUGAGUAUUUAUUGAUUUACUCUUGAGAGAAAAAAAGCCACUGAACUACUGCAGUGUCGCUUGGCUGUUACUUUACCGAGCUAAAGCCAUUUGCUGUCAUUUACUUGAAUAAAUGGAGAGACUGUGGUACGUCUGUCAUUGCACUGGUGGGUGGCCUUGUAGUAGAUCAUUGUACUAUUACUUUUACAUAUACCUAUUACUGAUGGCAACAAACCUGUAGUUUGGUGGAUUUGGGGAUAUUCAUCUGCAAACUUCAUGAAAGCAAUACUGUAAGCAAAGUCAGUCUACAUGUUAGCCUUGGUUCUGCAUUGUUAAGCGUGUUAAUGUGUUUUCACCUCUGAGAAAGAUGUUAAUGGCUUCACAAAAAGCUCUUCUGGCAUUCUGUGUAAAAUCUGCUCUUUGUCUCACUGUCGCCUUCCUCAGCCUUGUCGGCAAAGAGGAAGCGCUGCAUCUUUUACAACGCGUACAUUAAAGAAUGGAAAGAGUCUGCUUCCCUUGAAGAUACUGAAAUAUACUCUAACAUGUCUGUGGUUGUAAGGAUGUUAAUGCUCUUUUGCAGAUGAAGGUAAAUGUCCAGAGUGGGGACAUUUAGGAGUCUUAGUAGAUUUACAAGGUGAGAAAGGCUCCUUGAGAUGAAAGAUAUGAGAGAAAAUCUCCUUGUACAUAAUGUAAAUGUGCAAUUAAUUCAUUUUUUGUUGUACAAUCAGAUGAUGCACCUGUGUAGAUAUGAUCUCUUUCUGUAACUAAAAAAAAACAAUUUAGAUACCCUUCGUCUUGAGUGUAUAUUUUAAUGAAAAAUAAUAAAUACAUUUACAUGAGCUGCAAGAA